CCGAGAUAACCAAGAGAAGGUCUGAUCAUGAAUUUUAACUAGUUAAAAACCUAGUAUUAAUGCCAGUUUGUAGCAGCCUAAAGAAAGCUAUACCAGCCACCUUGAAAGCGUGGAAUGACAUUGACGCAACAAUAAAAAAAACACAUAAAAAUACAGGCCUACAGAUAAGACAAGGAUGCGGUGACUUAAACCAAUAAGAUCAAUAUCUCAACCAUUAUGUAUGUCAAAGAUAGCUCCAGAUGUGAAUGUGGAAACCAAAUAGAAAUGCUAAACGCUACUUCAAAUACCAAAGGCAAAACACAAUUCUACCAAGGAUAACAGUAGCAGACAUCGUCCAUGAGAAUGCUAGCAAAACAGAUGACGAAAAUAAAGCCAUCCUCACUGCUGUAUACAAUUCCACGAGAGCUUCAACGAGGAUUUCAAACAAAUACAGUUAUUUCUUUCGCUCUUUCACUUCAUCUAAGCUUCCCAUCCUGCACAAAAGGAUAAAAUUGUAAAGUGAAUUUUCAUUUCGACCCACUUCCCAGGAUUAUGAGCCUUUCAUACCAGAAGUAUAUGUGCCACUGUCACGUGAUGAUGCUAGUUCAAAGCCAAUCAAAAUUCUUAGAGAUACAUGUGCCCCCAGACAUUGUUCACAGAGUCUGUUUUUGUCCGAGGAUACAUUUACAUGUAAUCAUAUGUGGAUAGUAGGCAUUGAACUGGCUCAUUCUUCAGUUUCCCUCCACUGUGUUCAUAAAUAAACAUGUGUUUGGACUAAAGAUACUUCAAUAACGAACCACCAGGGUAGGAUGAAACCAAAACACAUUUGGUGAAACAUCGGAAGAAUUAGUAAGAGCGGUGGAACAGCAUGGAAAUGGUGAUCCUGCUCAGAUGUUGAAUCACCUCUGGGAAAGGUUGUUUUGAUGAAGAAUAAACAUGUCUUUGAACAAAAGGUUGAGGAUUGUCCUGAACAAAUGUUCUCGAAAAGCUGGUGAAAAUGUCACGACCAAUUCUUAUAUGCAUAGUUUUGGUAGUAUUGACCGCUGGUGCAUUUGGACAUGACGUAUCUAUCCGGGGACGCUUCACCUGUGGCGGGGCGGCGGUAAAGAACGCUCUUGUACGUUUGCUUGAUCAAGACUACCUGGUGGAUGACAUCUUAGCUGAUGGAUGGACGGACGAGAAUGGAGAAUUUGAAUUAUCUGGAGACGGAGUUGAUGGUUGGAACGGAAACCCCGAUGUGUUUAUCAAACUGGAAUACAACUAUUUGAACAAAAUGGUCGUAAAAGACAGAACACUCCGCGUAAGAUAUGAGACGUCCGAAAUCACGAAUAAUUUUAGUGGCAAAAGCGAUAUAGGAACAAUAAAUGUCAACAAUGAACACUGCAGAGUAUAUCAACUGUUCCGAGAAGCGAUCCUUGACUAUACCCUGAGGUCUGAGAACGACAACCUGCCAUAUGAUUACCUCACUGUACACACAGAUGCCCUUCUGUCUUUGGUAUCGGGAACUCGUAAACCCUGGUCCAACAUCGAUACAAUCAGGGUACCGGGUGGAUAUCCAUUGAAUGCCACCACGGCAAGGCAUGAGCUGGCACAUACAUUGAGACAUGCAAUGGACGGUGGCCGGCUACACUGGUGGGCAGAUAUUUCAAGUUACAGCUAUGUUCAACCACACCAUUGCAACAUGAGGUCAAACCCAGGAUUUGCUUUCAAUGAAGGAUGGGCAAUAUAUUGGUCUGGAAAUUGCAAAUGCUCUGAGGGAUCCGAUAUGAACGUCGAAGGCCAUGUGGCUGCAAGAUUGUGCGAACUGGCAAGAUGCAAAAGCGACAGCCAAAUGUGGGACAUCCUAGAGUCCAACCCAGGCACAAUUCACUCGUAUGCGGAAUUUGAGGAGAAGCUCUUCAGCAAAUACCAACCGGCUUGUUAAAAGUGAAUACCAUUGGAACUGCGAACUGGAUUUUACUUGGACAUGUUUUAGUCAUAAUAUAAUAUGUGCUUGUACAAGAAAUAUAUUUUAAAAUGCUAGACAAUUCACGACUCGAGCUUUGCUUCUACUACAUUUUUGAAAAGAGUGACGCAUAAAGACGAAUCAAAAUUUGUAACGACGCACUUUCCUCAAAAGAUCAAAUGCUUGACCUCACGCAAUUGUAUUUUGCUUAAUUUUAUUAUAAUUUGGUGCCAUAAUAUUAUAAUUUUCAUUUUAGUUACACACGUGACUGGGUUUUAAAUACAACAUUAUAUAUGUAGGACUACGGAAUGUCAGUACAAAUGCACUCACCUUCUGUUCAUGCUUUGUACGACAUUCUGUCCAACUCCAAUUUCACCAUAUGUAAUGCCCUUAUCAUCAUUUGUUCUUUAAAUAUGGCAUUACCAUUUUGACUAUAUGGCCAUUAUUUGCAUCAUGAUGACGAAUCGACAAUGUUAAACAGCUGUUUCUUCAAAAUAAAAUCAACGCUUUGCUAAACUACUUGUAUUACUUUUUUAUAAUCAAUUUUCUUAAGUGUUUAAUUUAUGAUUUUUAUAAUACAUACGUAGGUAUAUCCAUAAACUAUCAUAAAAUGUCUCUAAAAUCUUUAUUUUAUAAUAUUUUCUCGAGAAAUUCUUAACAAUUGUGUUAUAUGUUGUAUUUUCAGGCUAAAAGGGUACCACCGAUACAUUAUGGUUAACUAAUGGUUGCUAUGUCAGCACGAACACAUGGUACCCAGGAGAGACCAAAAUUAAUUAAUAAAAG